GAGAGAGAGAGACGCAAACAACUUUUUUUAAAUGCUUCUAGUGAGUUGCAGCCACCGGGCCCGCCGUCCGCCGGACUUGUAAUCGGAGCCUGCAACUGGCUGGAGCGCGGUGCUGCAAGGCGAGAGGAACUCCGAAAGCUGCCGCAGCGGAGAUACCGAACUAAGCCCGCUUAGGGGGCAACGGCGGCGGCUGGGUGGGUGGGUGCUUUCUUUUCUCCGGGUUUCUCCUAGCCUCGCCCCGACGCUGGGGAAGGCCGGGAAUGGGUAGGAGAGAAACGCGUGAACUUUUCCCCUCCAUCGUGCAGGGCAGGCGGAGCGGGGCAGGCGGAUGGAGGAUGCGCUCUGCCCGGCGAGCUAUCUAAGGAGGAGGCGGCGGCGGUGGCGGCGGCGAGGGAAGCGCCGGGGACGACGACGACGAUGAAGCAGCAGCAGCAGCUGCCGGCCUCGCCGCCUCCGAAACACUACGGGGCGGGCUGUCCGGAGCCCCAGCCUCAUGUGGCCCCGGCUUCUUCGGGGGGUCCCGCUCCCGGCAUGGGCUGGAGGAGGAAGAGGAGGCCCUUCUCGCUGCUGCCUCUCCUUUCCCUCCGCGACUACGGCUUCUGCAUGGCCGCCCUGCUGCUCUUCUGCCUAGGCUCCCUCUUCUACCAGCUCAACGGGGGCCCCCCUCACUUUCUGCUGGACCUGAGGCACUAUUUGGGAAAUUCCACUUACUUAGAUGAUCAUGGACCAGCUCCUCGUAAGGUCCUUCCAUUCCCAAGCCAGGUGGUAUACAACAGAGUUGGAAAAUGUGGGAGUCGGACUGUGGUUUUGCUGUUAAGAAUUCUGUCCGAGAGGCAUGGGUUCAAUUUAGUUACAUCGGAUAUUCAUAAUAAAACUAGGCUUACCAAGAAUGAACAGAUGGAAUUGAUUAAAAACAUAAGCAUUGCAGAGCAGCCCUAUUUAUUCACUAGACACGUUCAUUUCCUUAAUUUCUCAAGAUUUGGAGGAGACCAACCAGUAUACAUCAAUAUUAUUAGAGAUCCUAUCAAUCGAUUUUUAUCUAACUAUUUUUUUCGCCGUUUUGGAGACUGGAGAGGGGAGCAGAACCAUAUGAUCCGUACUCCAAAUAUGAGGCAAGAGGAGAGAUACUUAGAUAUUAAUGUUUGUAUUCUUGAGAAUUAUCCUGAAUGUUCCAAUCCCAGGUUAUUUUAUAUUAUUCCAUAUUUCUGUGGACAGCAUCCAAAAUGCAGGGAACCUGGUGAAUGGGCCCUUGAAAGAGCAAAAAUGAAUGUGAAUGAAAAUUUCCUCCUUGUGGGCAUUCUGGAAGAAUUGGAGGAUGUGCUGCUUUUAUUAGAAAGAUUUUUACCUCAUUAUUUCAAGGAUGUACUCAGCAUCUACAAAAACCCAGAGCAUAGGAAGCUUGGCAACCUAACUGUGACAGUGAAAAAAACCGUCCCUUCAACAGAAUCCAUCCAGAUCUUGUACCAGCGCAUGAGAUAUGAAUAUGAAUUCUACUACUAUGUCAAAGAGCAGUUCCACCUGCUAAAACGCAAGUUUGGAUUAAGAUCCUCAAAUGGUAACUCUUCUCCUAGGCCAGAAUUUGCCAUUCCUUCUCCUCUAGAAACUGAAGAGCCAGUAACAGAAGAUGAGGAGCAAGACGAUGAAAAGUGGUUAGAAGAUAUUUAUAAAAGGUGAUGCAAGACGGAUUCCAAAUUGUUAAAAAAUGCUAAUAACAAUCUGAAGAAAGUGAGUUAAUACAAAGCAGCAUUUGAAAAGACACUACUCUUAGAUUGAACUCAGAAACCCCUUUCUGAAAAGGUGUAUUUGUUGAAAUAUUUUUGUUUGUUUCCUGGGCUCCACAGCAUUAUUGUAGUUAGAAUAUACUUUUAAAUAUAUCAUCUCUUGUUUAAUUAGAAAUAACAUUGAUGUUGUAAACUAUUUUUGUAUAUGGUACUUUACAAGAUGAUAUCACCUUGUUGGUCAUUUGCAAUUUUCACAAAACUAGCUUGCCUGAUGUAGCAUUUAAUUUAAUAUAUUAGAGUUUUAUUUGAGCACAUUGAAAUAAUAGCAUGAUAUAAGAGAUUUGUCAUUGCCUGAAUAAGGAAUGCUGUUGUUCUGAAAUAACAAAACUAUCCAUUGCUACUAAUACCAUUUGAAAAGAGACAACCAGGCUGUUAACAACAGUAAAAAUAGGAAUAUAGAGAAGCCUAGUUAAUGACUAGCAUGCUCUAGAUGUGUUUGACUACAACUUCAGUGAUUCCCAAUUAGAUCUGUGUUGCCAGUAACUGGCUGGCAGCAAGGAGAGUUGUAGAGUGUUGGGAAUUUGAGAAGGUGGGUAUCAUUAAAUAUCAGUACAGUGCUGAGGUUGAGUAAAAUCGAAAAGGAUAACAUUAAUGGAAUUUAAACUUAGACUGCAGAAGAAAAUAUGAGAUAUUCUUUUUUUUAUUUUAAAGGAGAUUCCUUUUUCCAUAGUAGUUUUGACAAUAAGCAAAUAUCCAUAAAAGAAGGGGAACAAGAACUUUAUGGGAUGUUUCUGUAACAUUGUAAAUAUUGAUAAAAUUAAUUGGUUCUAAUUUCAAGACAUUAUUUCUGAAGGUGGAAAUUUAUAAUUGCCUCAACUACUCUGAAAAUCUGAUACUUUCUGACAAAUAAGACUGAAGAUGAAUAUGCUGUGAUCCCAUCAGAUGUCUUCAGUUCUUUUUCUCUCUCAAAGAAGUCAAAGUUUAACUCUUGC